CAUGCAUUAUUCAUCAAUAAUUAUUACAAAUUUAGGUGAACAGAGACAAAGGACUAGUAAGCACGACUUGAGUUUUUGCUGUGUGUAUAUCGGCAUAUAAAUAACUUGAGUAAUGACUUUCUUUUGCAAAUAAAUACACCCAGGUAUGUAAUAAACGCAUUGUAAAUUAUCAUACGAUCGUUUUCAAAUACUUUGUGUUUACAUCGCCAUGUUUUACGGUAUUCGAAUAUGGUCUAAAUAAACAUUAUCCACAAGCCCAAAUACAUCAUUUAAACUUCCGUACUUAAACUUUCAUGUAUUAUUCAUAAAUGAGAAAACGUGAGAAUAUGAUGGGAAAUAAAUUUGUUACACUUAUAUUUCUGAUAUAUUCUACUGAGGGUGUGACAGCGAAUGUUUGUACAACAACAGUACCUCAAGGUGUAGAAAACUGGUGUGGAAGUCUUACGGUUGUAAACGGCAAAGCAUGUUAUACUGGAUCUUCUGCAUAUGUUUCAUGUGAUAACAAGUUCAGUCUUGACACCAGCCAAACAUUUACAUGUACAGUUGUGCAAGGAAGCAAGUACUGGACACCUUCAGUUACACCUACAUGUGUACCAACAGCGACGCCUGCGUCGACAUCUCUUCAAACACAAUUCGACACGACAGAAUCGAUGUAUAGUACAACCUUCUCAAUUUUGAUGCCGUCAGAAAAAAGUUUGUUCGAAACAGAAUUUUUAUCAGCGACACGUUCCAUGAAGACAUCUGUUCUUCCAUCACAUACAGUUAUUAGCGAUUACAGUACAAUACAACAAACAGGGAUACAAACAAUAUCGGUAACUGUAACGGUAACUUCAAACUCGGUAUCAGAUUCAGGAAAUAAUGGUAUGAUAGCCGUGUACGUUCUGGUUCCAGUUAUUGUAAUUACUUUAGCCAUCUUUUUUACAGUUUUUAUCUGGCGGAAAAGUCCAUCGAAGUGCAUGCACACAUUGGAUGAUGAACAUGCAUGGAAUCAGAACUCUUCCGCUUAUUAUGAAAACCAGAAACAUAAUACACAACAAUCAGACAAUGAAUAUGAAGGCACUAGAGAUAGUCAACGUAUACAGUUAGAAUCUUUAGGUGUCGCAUAUUACAAUACUGUUGACGAUAUACAGAGGUUCCAACGUAACUACGAGAAUGUGAAAAAUUCAAAGAUAGGAGAUGAAUCACGAAACCAAACUGAAGCCAAGUGCGAGUCAAAAUAUAAAAACGCUUCGUUUCAGUGCUAUGAAUCUCUGCGAAAAGAUAGCCAAGAGAAAGACAACAGUUAUGACUGCUUGAACACUCAGGAAUAA